AUGAAGCGUGGCAGAUUGGAAGAUAUACAAUUUGGGCAACCGCGGGUUCAACCUCCUUCGACGGGACAACAACGUAUCAUUACAACAACUCAAUCGCACAAUGCCACUGCCGCCAGUAAUACAGGCGGCAUGAUACAGUACCAGAUCCCGCCGAACGUUAUCAAAACAGCAAAUCCGCCCGAAUCCGUAAAUUCCGUGAGCAACCAACAGCAGCAGCAAGCUUCUCAACUUGUCACACCUCAACAGACAAGUGUUCAAUACACGGCCUCUUACUCAUCGUCUCUUGGUGGGAAUUUAGUCAAAGGGCAGCAGACAACGAAUCAAGCACAACAGCAACAAAUUCAUAUAGUAAACACUUCAAACACGACAGUACGUAGUACUGCUCAUAAAAGCGGUGCAGUAGUCAAUGCAGUACCAGCGACAGUAAACAUCGCAGCCACAUCUAAUAACGGUGCGCCUGCGGCAGGACAGCAGCAAAUUAUAACAGCCAGCAUGUCGCCGGGAGUUUUACCAGGCGGAGGAAACGUAUCGCAAGGGCCGCCGCCUCCACCACCUCAAGGGCAGGCACAAUUGCAACGACUAAAAGUUGAGGAUGCUCUAAGUUACCUUGAUCAGGUCAAAUUUCGUUUCGGCAACCAACCGCAAGUGUACAAUGAUUUUCUCGACAUCAUGAAAGAAUUCAAAUCACAGAGCAUUGACACGCCAGGUGUCAUACAGCGAGUGUCGAAUCUAUUCCGUGGGCAUCCAGAGUUAAUUGUAGGCUUCAAUACUUUCUUGCCGCCGGGCUAUAAGAUCGAGGUGCAGGAAAAUGACCAGGGCUGUUACCUUUUUCAAGUAUCGGUGUCAGUGCAGCCUACUACAUCGUCUUCUGGCGCAUCAGUAGCACCGCAACCUUCACCGCAUAAGUACAGUACGAUAUUUCAGGGUGGAGGCCAAAUCGUACAAUCUACAGGUGGCAGCUUAAGUGGCACGGGUGUAACAGCAGGAACAACAAAUGUGGUAAACACUAGUACUUUAGUAAGCAGCUCUAGUGGAGCCGGGGCUAUAAAUCUUAUGGCUUAUGGUGGCGGCAGCGGUCACACAAAUGCUGCAGCGCCUAACAGUAGCAGCAUACCUCCGUUGCAUGCCGGUGGAACACCUUUGCAACAACCUGCUGGUGGCAAUUCUAGUCCGGCUACGGUUCAAAAUUCACCAUCAUUGGGAGUAGCAACUUCGACGACGUGUGUUCAGCCGGUCGUACAAAAUUUUUCAUCGAGAAAUGAUCACCACAGGGAACGCACUAUAUCGACUGGAUCCGUAGUUGCAAGUAACGUAAGUCUUACUCCGAGUGGAGCAGCUGCAUCCAUCUCAACAACGACCGCAACUGUGGUAUCUAGAGUAGACGUUGCAACGACGGGGAGUGGUGGUGGAGGAGCAGUAGUAACAGGUCAACCGUCACAGGGAACACAACCGCCGCCAAGCAUUCAUCGGAUGAUUUCGCAGCAGAUUAUUUCGCAGCAGCAAACUGGAAGUGGAGGUCUUGUACCGGCGAGCAUAGUAACCGCUCCCACUCAGGCACACCAUCAGCAAACAACGGUACAACAGCAAGUGCAGCCAUCCCAAGAGGCCCAGACGGCGGUUGUAACUACUGUAGUACCAACCCCGACCGCCGCUACUGCUGCCAACCAACCUGUGGAAUUCAAUCAUGCCAUAACGUAUGUGAAUAAAAUCAAAAAUCGCUUUCAUACUCAGCCGGAAAAGUACAAACGCUUCCUUGAGAUUCUACAUACUUACCAGAAGGAACAAAAAACGUACAAGGAAGGCGCGCUAAGUGGUUGCAUGACGAAUGCCAAACAGUUAACCGAAGCCGAGGUUUAUACGCAAGUGGCUCAGUUAUUUGAUAACCAAGAGGAUUUAUUACGUGAAUUUGGGCAGUUUCUCCCAGAUGCCACUAGCCACCACAACCAGGCCGCUAUGCAGCAGCAUCACGUAGCUGGUAAAAAUAAUUCUCACAAUCUAACUAGCAGUACAGUUUCCGCCACUGUACACGAUCACCAUCAACAGCAACAUAUGAGCGGACCUGCGAGCUCAGCUCCUGUGCUAAGUCUAGGAAGUGGUGCCUCCAGCGGCGGGCCAGCAGGUACCACAGGUCACGGCGGUAAUGCCAAAAAAAUAGGCAAUGCUAACGUCGUCGUGGGUAGUGGAACUGGAGGCAGUCUUACCAAUCUUAAGGUUUAUAAUAGUUUGCAGUCUGGCACCAUGGGUCGAUUGCAACAGGAUCGCGAAUAUUCUAUCAUGACAAGUGAAGGCUUGAGUGGUGGAGUACAUGGUCCAACCAUGGGAGGAGGCGGCGGUAUCGUAACCGGAAGUAACAUUGCCGUCGGUGGUGGUGCGAUACGGACUAGCACUGGCUGUCUAACAGCUAGUGGUGGUACCGGAGCAAUACAUAUGGAAAAAGAUCGCAAUCAUCACUUAGUAGGCGUUGGAGGUGGUGGUUCUGGAGUGGGUGGAAAUACCCUGAACGCUAAAUACAUUCACGGCAGCGUUACGUCGUCCAUGUCCGCGAUCGGAUCUUCGACAGGAACCCUAGUCAGUGGUAGCGUACUUUCUCCUAGUGGUCCCAACCUAGUGUCGAACGUAGUAAUGUCAAAUCUCACCGUAGGCAGCAAUGCUGUUUGUGCCGCCGGCGGCGGUGGUGCGAACGCUAUUAAGCGUUCACCAUCCUCAUAUGCUGCGCAAAUGGGACUUCUUGUAGGACCCGGUGGUGUUGCCAACGCUGGGAAUAUUAUUAGCUCGUCGCGCGAUCGAGGAGACGGCACUGGUCCACCACCGAUGAAAAGACACAAACCUAUCUGUCGCGAUGUAUCGCUAGCCGAAGCGUCCAAGUACGGAACGCUGAAUGAUUAUGCAUUUUUUGAUAAAGUGCGAAAAGCGCUUCGUAGUCCGGAUGUGUACGAAAACUUUCUGCGCUGCUUAACACUGUACAAUCAAGAGAUUGUAUCCAAAUCAGAGCUACAGACACUAGUGACGCCGUUCCUUAGCCGGUUUCCCGAUCUCUUAAAGUGGUUCCAGGAUUUCCUCGGUCCCGCUGUUUCUGUUGGAGCAGGAAUUGGUGGCUUAGGAUUAACGAAUGAGUGCAUACCGUUAACAGCAGCAGCAGCAGCGGCUUCCCGUCAGGAUCGCGAGCGCACUCAGAGCGAACUAGCUGCUGAUGUCGAUUUGUCGACAUGUAAGCGGUUGGGUGCAAGCUAUUGCGCUUUACCUAAAUCACACGAAGGAGUGAAGUGUUCUGGCCGAACGAAUCUAUGUCGGGACGUGUUGAACGAUACGUGGGUCUCUUUCCCCACAUGGGCUGAAGAUUCGACGUUCGUGACCUCGCGUAAAACACAGUAUGAAGAAUUCAUCUACCGCUGCGAGGAUGAGCGCUUUGAGCUGGAUGUAGUCAUAGAAACGAACAGUGCCACGAUUCGUGUACUCGAAGGCGUUCAGAAAAAGUUAACUCGUAUGUCGCAAGAUGAAGUUAGCCGGUUUCGACUUGAUGAUUGCCUCGGUGGCACAUCAUCAACAAUCCAUCAGCGGGCGCUGCGAAGAAUUUACGGGGAUAAGGCAACGGACAUUAUUCAGGGUCUGAAGAAAAAUCCAUCUGUCGCAGUACCAGUUGUUCUACGCCGAAUGAAAACGAAAGAGGAGGAGUGGCGUGAAGCGCAGAAGAGUUUCAACAAGCAAUGGCGAGAGCAAAACGAAAAAUACUACCUUAAAUCGCUAGAUCAUCAAGGAAUAAAUUUCAAACAGACAGACAUCAAAGCCCUUCGAUCGAAAAGUUUGUUCAAUGAAAUUGAGACACUUUUUGAUGAGGUGAGUUACAUGAAGCGCCAUGAACAGAACGAUGAUACGACAGCAACUCCACAGGCAGCAAGUGGACCGCAUAUGACGAUACAGUACAAGGACAAGACAAUACUAGAAGAUGCAGCAAAUCUCUUGAUACACCAUGUAAAACGUCAGACGGGCAUACAGAAACAAGAGAAAGGGCGAAUAAAGCACAUUCUGCGUCAGUUUGUACCAGAUCUGUUUUUUGCCCCUCGACAACAGUUGAGUGAAGACGAGCGAGAAGAAGAUGAUAAGGAUAUCGAUGUAAUGGAUCAAGAUGAAGAACCCAGUGCUUGCAAAUCUACAACAGUUAAAAAAUCAUCAUGCACCACUUCAUCGAAUUACAAUUCAACACAAGGUAUCAGUUUGCCAGGCAGUUGCAAUACAACUAGUAAACCAUUUGGGAGUGAAGUCUCUGCUAAUUUGGCAACGUCACCAACGAUUUCAGUUUUAGAAUUGGUUACUUCUAAAGAUAAUGAAAGUGGUGGCGGUGGAAAUGGAAUCGAGUGCGGAGAAUCAUCAAAACCACCACCGUCAACUUUGUCCACUACAUCAUCGAGCUGUGAAAAACAGUCGGCUACUGCUACAGCUUCCUCUUCCUCCUUAGUUUCGACAGCUGGUAAUAAUAUCGUGCUUCCUGAAAGCAUGAAAAAUACUGAUAGUAACGGAAACAGCAACAUCAGUCCCACAGAGGGUAGUUCUGUAGAAAAAUCGAUAAUUAUUAAAACGGAAAUCAAAGAAGAAAAUGAUGCCGCCUCUUCCACGUUACUGAGUUCGUCAGCAGCAAAUGCAAUAAACGAAGCCACUUCAUGUCAGCAACCAAUGAGCCCUCCACUUCCACUUCACGCAAUCAGCAAACAUAUCGAAGAAGCAUAUACACUAUUUUUCACUAACAACAGUUGGUAUUUGUUUCUGCGAUUGCAUGCCAUUCUGUGUGAGCGCCUGCGUACCAUUUAUGAACGCGCCCAAAUUAUAGCCGCUGAGGAGCGAACUUAUGAAAAUACGCGUAAUAAUAGCACUGCAACGGCACUGCGGUUGAAGCCUAAAAGCGAAAUUCGUAUUGAAGAAUAUUACAAUAUUUUUCUUGACAUGUUGAAAAAUUUAUUGGAUGGCAACAUGGAGUCGAGCAGCUAUGAGGACACACUCCGUGAAAUGUUUGGCAUCCAUGCAUACAUUGCAUUUACGCUUGAUCGGGUUGUACAAAAUGCCGUACGGCAAUUGCAACAUUGCGUGACGGAACGAGGGGCUUUCGAUUGUGUGGAACUUUUCCAGGCUGAACAACGGAGGAACGGCGCUGGAGGCCUUUGUCGUACUGCCAAUCGUCGCAUAGCUGCUGAACUAGCAUACCAACGAAAAGCGGAGGCAGCCCUUCAGGAUGAAAAUUGCUUCAAAAUAUAUAUAUAUAAAAUCGAUUGUCGACUUACGAUUGAACUGCUUGAUACCGAAUCUGACGACACAGCAAAUAAUUUCGCUAACUCACAAACAUAUAGUUCAUACGUCGAUCGCCUAUCAAACCCUGCUGCCACUGGUACCGGAAGUGAUAGUGGUGGUGUAGGUGGUGGUAUUGAUGUCGGCGGAAGCACUAGCGGUGGCGGUAUCGGCGGCGGCAACGGCGAUGGCGAAAACGGAGGAUCUGUCAUUACUGCUGCUACUAGCAGCAGUGUUGGAGGAGGUGACAGUGGUGAAGUUGCAGAAACAGAAGAUGGAAGUGUUGUUGAAAGUGUCAAUAAUUGUGGUACUGCUGUUACGGAACCCGGUGUUACGCUUACAACCACUGGAUGUGGUUAUGUUGCUAACAGUAAUCAUGGCAAUAUCUCGGCAGGAGCAAAUAAUUGCAACAACAGUGCCAGUAGCACAGCCAAGUCGGAUGUGAAAGUUGAAAACCUCGACGACGAUCUGGCGACUCAGAAAUCGCAACCGACGAUAUCUCCCACUUCACGCCAUCGCAGACCUUUAUUUUUAACGCGUAAUUUGAAGCGACGGAAUAAGCAAACGAUGAAAUAUGCCAGCUUCACAGUAACUAUCGAUGGUCAUUUGGCUACCAUGAAGGAGCUGCAAAAUACUGACGACGAGGAAAUGUUGAUACACGAAACUAGUGAUGAAGUGGGACGAAGUCCAUCGUCUGAGACCGUCGUCGUCACGUCUACCACAUCCAAAAAAUGUCCCUCAUACGUGACUGGUGCUGCAUUAGAUGUUGCUGAACCACCACUACCGUCCACAUCGGCUGAGCCGCAUAGUACUUCUCUAAACAUCGCUGUGUCUCUCAAAUCGCUGUGCGAUGAAGGUAUGAAUGUGAGCAACACCUCAACGAAAGAUGCAACUGCUAUUCUUCCAUUGUCAUCGACAAGAAGGAGAAAAUGUUCGGAUGACCGUAAAAGUAACGUUCAAAACAUGGUUGUUGUCGGCGGGUGUGAGAGCGGCAACCCGUUUUGGUGCAGUGAUGGAAACAAGAAAUCAACAGCAUGUGAUUUAACGACAGAGCGCUUGUCGACGACAACUAUGAUGAUGAAUGGUAUCAACAACCAAGACCCCCAUCCAAUGUGCAUCGGUGACAGCGAACAAAUGAAAGAGAACCGUACUUUGUUAAAAUCCCAGAUGCAAAAGAAAAAAUUUACAAUGUACUGGUCGGGAUCGCUAACUCGUUCGAAAAAGACCCAUUGCAAGGUAACUACUCGUAUGGGUCGAAAAUUUAAGAGCAUCGUCGAAUGUUGGUUAGAGCAGCAUGUAUCCGCAUCUCAACGUGCCACCUGCGCCGAUUGGCUACUUGGUAAGCGACAUGACUUAAUGAAGAAUAUUACUACCAUAAUUAUUCAAAAUAAGAAUUCAAAUCGAACGCCAUACACACCGUACAAUAAGUACAAGGUAGAGAACAGUAAAUAAUAGAUGAUAAAAAGCUAUAGCUGAAGGAGAUUCGCAUCCAUAUCAGACAAGUUCGUAGAAUUUGGUUGGAUCUUUUUAGUUUAAAUUGGUUUGUGAAUGAUUUAGAAAAUCAAUACAUAUGCAGUUCGUUGAUUGCUGUAAGCUGUGUUGAUAUAUGUUGAGCAAAAGUUAUUAUCAUUCUCCAAUGUAAUAUAGCAACAGAGCUUUCCUAGCUAUGGCUAUUGAAUACGAAAAAAAUUGCAAUGACAAUGUCCUUUACGCAGCUUGGAAGAAAUGUUUUAUUGGACCAAGUAUCAGUGUUAGUUUUGUGAACGUUCAACGGAGGUCCAUACAAAAAUAGAAUAGUGAUACAAAAUUUUUUUUAGAUUCCUAGAUCGCCUUCAAUUGCACAACAGUGUGAAAUAGAUGUUUGAUAUAUGUUCAAUAUUCACAAAUAUGUAUCAUACAUCCUCAAUGAAACAUGAAUUGGAUCGUCUUAAAUAUGUUCGUUUAAGAGUAGGGGUAUUCAAUAGGAAGUUAAGGUGUUAAAAAGUUACAAUACUGACGUGCAUUCUUAC